AAGUUUCAAAACUUUCAAACAAAGUGGAGAGACAGAGAGACGGUGUGUCGGACGGCCAUGCUGACAGAGGGGAAUCGACCGCCGCACCACUCCGUCCAAACAAGAACUUCCCCAGAACAAGUCCGGAGACAGCCGACCGUCACCGUGGAUUUUUAAGGAGCGUUUCUUUCACCACCACGAGUUUGUUUUCUGUUAUUUUCUUACUUUCUCUCCCCCUCAUGCUCUACUUUAGGAUUCGUGCAUCACAUCCGCCCGUUUCCUCUCCUCUCCCAUCACAUGUCUGCCAUCUGAAACAUUCUGAGUUCUUCAGAGAUUUACAAGCAAGAAAGCCGAGACAGGCGUCUGCUGAACUUCAACUGGACUGAAAGUCAAACCCAUAUGUGGGAUAUGAUGAAUCUCACGGAGCCCAGCUUGUCUAGAGAGACUUCCCUGUGUCCCAGGAGGAUCCCUCCUCCAGGAACAUGGACCUCAGGGACCCCGAGUCCUGCCUCCGAUCCAGAGGUGGAUUUUGAGCAGAGCUUGUCUGCUGACUGCAGCUCUCCUGAUGUCCUCGGAGCAGAACCAAGGAUUGCUUUGUCAGCCAGCUCAGAGGAACAGAGUCCGGAUCUGAUCCAGGCAGGAGGCGUGCCGGCUGGAGCAGGUGACGGGAAAACAGCAGGGGCUGAGCAGAGGAUCCGCAGGCCCAUGAACGCAUUCAUGGUUUGGGCUAAGGAUGAGAGGAAGAGACUGGCCCUGCAGAACCCCGACCUGCACAACGCUGUGCUCAGCAAAAUGCUCGGUCAGUCGUGGAAGGCUCUGAGUGCCCCAGACAAGCGACCCUUUGUGGAGGAAGCAGAACGUCUCCGUGUCCAGCACCUACAGGAUCACCCAAACUACAAGUACAGGCCUCGUCGUAAAAAGACCCCCAAAAAACUGAAGCGAGUCGAACCGGGUCUCCUGCUGCACAGCUUGGCCCAAGGUGGGGCCUCGAGUCUCGGUUUGGGAGGGGGUGUUAGUCCUAUGGGUGCAGAAGGCAUCUCAGGAGGUCCUGCCUAUGUCCACCCCGCACACCAUCACACCCCCCACCACCUUCUCCCGUCUCUGGGACACUUCAGAGAACUGCAGACCCCUGGACACCCAGAGCUGGAGAGCUACGGCCUACCCACUCCAGAGAUGUCCCCUCUGGAUGUUCUGGAGGACGGAGCAGGAGAAUCCGUGUUUUUCCCCCAACACAUGCAGGAGGAGUCAGGGAUAGGAGGAUGGAGCGGUUAUCAUCACCACCUCCACCAUAACCAGCUUUACAGCCAUCACUAUAGCAACCACAGUCAGCACGGUUCCGUGCAUGGGCUGGGUCGUGGAGCGAGUGUUAGCACCAGUCUGAACAACUCCAGUUGUGGUACAGCUAGAAGCUCCAGAAUAAGUUCUGUUGACUCAAACAUGACCUCCACCAUGAGCUCCAAACUGCACCACGCGUCCACCCACCAGGUGCCCCUAAGGAGUCCUGUAAAGUGCCCUCCACCUCUCCAUGACUCCUCCUUCCUGGUGUCGUACCCCCACCCUUCCCUCAGUCUCACUGAACCAGCAAAAUGCCAACAAACGACCCCGAGCGCAGCUCCUGUGGGCUUCUUCAGCCAGAUUUACGGGAGCAGCACCUCAGGCUCCACACAUGCCACCUCCUCUCGUCUGGGGCAGCUCUCACCUCCUCCUGAAACACCUCCUUCCUCCUGCUCAUCCUCCAGUAUCCCCCCUCCAUCCUCCUAUGCUCGCUCUGUGCACUCAGACCACUCCAGCUUAGAGACAAGUGGACACAUGGGGUCUUCUGCUGCUGACUUCUGGUCCGAGGUGGACCGGCAUGAAUUUGACCAGUAUGUAAAUGUGGGGAGGAGUCAAGAAGAGGUCUACGGACUGGGGUGUGGAGGUGGGUCAAAGGUCAUGGGUGGCUGUGUUAGCAGCAUAGUUGGCAGGGAUGUUGGUGUUUGUAUGGGUGCUGCUGGUGCUGAUGAUGGGAGCAGCCCUCUGAUUUCGGCCCUGUCUGAUGCCAGCAGUGCUGUUUAUUACAGCACCUGUAUCACUGGAUGAACAGAACUGUCUCACCUCCUCCCCCGCUCUGAACCGUCUUCGUCUUGUUUCGCUUCCAGCGUAGAGCCUGAAAUCUCUGUCUAAAAUUCAGAUUGUCAAUAAAAAAGUGUCUGAUAGAUUAAAACAGAAUAAAAAAGCACGUUAAACCAACCUGGAAGAGAACAGCAGCGGACCAGCUGUUGAGACGACCCCCCAGGUCAGUUAGCUAGUCAGACUAGCGUGACAUUGUGCAUUAAACACUUGUUUGGUUUUUGUUUUUACUUCUGCUCAUGAAGGAUAAACUGAAGGCAGCUUGGAAACAAACAACUUAAAGUUUGAAUUUUAACACCAGAUGAUUAAGCUGAUGCUAGAAGCUGGGCUGAUUACUGAUGACGAUGAUUUCAUCCUUUUGUUGUUCGUUUGCAGCCAGCAGACUGCAGCAGCCUGAACAACGCUGAAGGAGAGCGCGUAGGCUAACUGUAAAGUUGUGGGUGUUUUACAGUAACCUGAUGUCAUCUACGACAUCAAACCAGAACCUUUCGGUUGAGUUUGGACAGAUUCACGAGGCUUUCUGUGCAGAAGAAGAUUCUGUGGGGGGUCUGAUCCGUCCGCCGCUAGCCCAGAACAGACCACGGAUGUCCCACAAACGGGUCGGUGCCGUUCCCUCGCCUCUGUUCAUCUCAGGACUCUGAGCCAAAUUCUCUGUAUGAAUUUACAGAUUCAUACAUGUCUCUACUUCCUGACAAACAGCAAUCUCUGUUGAUUUGAAGAUCCUUUGGACCACAAAGCCUCUGUGGUAAAGCAAACAGGUGCAACUAAAAGGUGCUUCAGUCCGAGAUCAUGUAAAUAUGACCUUUAACCUGUCUGAUUCACCCGGUGGGACCAGAGACAGGUCUAGAGUUACGUUUCUAACGGUUGACUGUUUUUACACGACUGCAUGAUGCAGCUGAUCCCUCCGCAGCUGUCUGUGAACAACGUGAAACAUUCACUUUGCACUGGGUUUGAUGUGUUAUCUGUACAGAAAGAAAACUACUUCUUAAAUGAUUCAAAGUCUGUUGUAUAAAAUAAACAUUUGAGCA